GGCAUAUAUGGCAUUGUGGAUGGACCUCCUCUUGCUUCUUCUUCUUCUUUCAGUCUAUUUCUCGUAUUCAGUAGUAAGUUCAGGUAGGUAGGUAGGUAGGUAGAAAGCACAAAUUUUGCGACAAUGACCUUAUUUUUCCUCACAUUUUCAGAAUGGAGCCUCCAUGUUCGCUUGGGGGAGAAUUGUGUCACAACAGAUUUCUGAGAACGUGGGAGGUACGGUGGUACAACCAUCUAAGCGCGCAGGCAGAUGGAGAAAGCUUUACCGGCGAUGUUGCAGGCUUGCAGCACUACCUACAUACCACACAUACCACAGGCGCACGUCUCUUGUUAGUGUGAAGCAUUCCAUGUCGUCUCGUGAUGAGCAAGACUUUCCCAAAUCAUCUUUACCAUCAUCCAACGACAACAUAGCGUCCAGCAGCAGUGUGUCUCGUUCCCUGCCGCCCCCUGACAACAACGUCCUACCUGUGUGUGUACUCCUUCAAGGGUCGCCAUACCGCUUCGACUUAUCCCGUGGCAUAGAGGUGAUGGCCGAAAGGCACGAGCACUUCGAGCGCGUGCCAGAGCGUUGUGUACGCCGAGGACUCGUCCCGUGCCUGCUCCUGCAAGCCCCGCUGGGAGCCCGCGAGGCAUUGCAGUAGCUACAGACACUAAGAUCGAGGUCGUGCCAUUUCGAGAGCGCUGGCCGUGUGCUGUCUAAGAGUACCCCCAGCGGCAUUCAUGCGGUCGCUGCGCGCAGCAAGUCCCGCCCUAGGCUCCUUGGUAUCUCCACAUACUCUGACACCGCGCACAGAUUGUCAUCUCCCUAUCACUAGGCCACGCGGAGCGGUCGCUCAUACGCAUGACCCGGAAGUGCUCGGAGGAUUUUGGCGGCCUGGCGUUGCCCAGUAGCGGUCGUGUGUCGUGCUACGUUCCCCAGGUCAGUGCUCCAAGCGCUUCGCACUGAUACAUAACGCGCUCGCGCGCGCGCAAGCCACCCAUAAUGCCAUGGAUGAACGUGACGCUCUGUCAAGUGCAAGCCAGCCGGACGAGCUCGUCCGAAGGUCGACACUGUGCGCAGGCUCGUCUCUGUGGACAAUCUCACUUCCCCUGAGCGUCUACUCGGGCUGUUGACGGCAAUCGUCUCCGUUGAUAGCCUGCUCCAUGUGCUGCUCUGGACGGCUCGGGGACGAUCAAGAGCGGCGAUGCUGUUCGUGGUCUGGCGUUGCCCAGCGGUGGUAGCGAGAGGGGACGAGGGGGGGCGUCUGUCAAGUCAGUCCCGCAUGCGUCCUGCCUUGAUGCAUUGAUGCAUGGCUGGCGGGCUUGAUGUGCAUAUGGCAGGCCGUCAGGGCGGGUACAGGUCCAUCAUGAUGAGCAGGGUGCGUGCGGUGUCGAAGAUAGCGUUUGCAGGCGGUGCGUGGCCGUCCGUCGGUAGCCGGGCGUGACUCCAUCGAUGUGGAUAAGGUAGUAGAGCUGCCUUACCUACCUGACUCUUAGCAGAACCACAAUUAGCCGGGAUGAUAGGGCCAUAUCCAUUUGCCAAGGGGAUGUCGGCUCCCAAAAAUCAGGCUGGCUGCCGUCUGGGUACGAGUACGGGUGCGUGUAGCCGACGAGAGCUUCCAUCUAGAAGGCGCUACCGGUGUCAGCGCCGUGUGCGACAACCGCAUGCGAGGCAAGAAGGCAUCCCCAUCCCGUACGCUCAGGUUAGGUAGCUUAAGGUACCUUACUCCUGCCUGAUAUGGACCUCACCUGUCCGUUUGUUCCUCCACCUGGGACUACUUACCGACCGUAUAUUCCACCACCACCAUCAUCACCACCUCCACCACCACCACCACCAACCACUACCACGACGCCGUGACGGGCACCCUCCCACCACACGAGCACGACACGAGACAACACAGCAUGAGACGGGCAUCGCUGAGACGCCGGCGAGACCACGCACGAGGGACCAUGUCCUCUGCCACUGCCACUGCCACUGCCACUGCCACUGCCACUGCCCUUGUCGACCACCAUGGCUGGCCAUCGACUGCGUUGUCGUGCUGCCGACCAUCCAGCACUCACUCGUCCGUCCGCUCGCCCGCUACACGAGGACCACCGACCUAGCCUGGGAGUAACAAGCCGGGACGAACAUCACGCGCUAAAGUCGUACCUUUUCCAUGCAUGGUCUGCCUGGCAACUAGGACAUUCAGCGAAGUUCUGCUCUCGCAGUCUCGGAGAUACCAGUGCACCUGGAGGUGGCUCCUUCCUCUGGUUGGCCCCAGCGACAGCAAAUCGCUCCCGCCAUUCAAUCUGGAAAAGGAAGAAGGAAUCUACCUAGGUAGAUAGUCCAACUAAACAGCAGCUUCGGCGGGGCUGCACAUGUAUGCACUAUUUCGGUCUGGUGCUCAGCAGUGUGCAAGCAGCCUGCUGAUACAGCCACCGUUCAAGAACUUCUCUGUCGUGCCGCGAGCGAGGUGAAUGGUUCGGAAUCUCUGAGAGAGUCUAUCCUGCUUAGUCGGGACAAGGUGCACAGGCCUGUUGGGGAAUGUUGCAUGCAAUGCGUCGGCAAAACAGUUCGAGAUGGUUUUCCCUCAUGGACCACACUUUCGACCACUUGCUGGGCCGUCGGAUCCAUGUCCAGACCAUAUCCAGGCCAUGUCAAGCACUGUACCGCCGUGAGGACCAGCCAGACUUCAUGUCAUGUGGCGCAUACCUGUCCCUCCCGAAGUCGUAAGUCAGUCCUGUCACAGCGUGGUCCGCCCCGCCACUGAAUGGACCCUGUUCGCCAAUGCGGCUGUGGAGCAGCUUUAAUCUUACAUGAACACGACCUCCACGACGAAUCCUUUCAAGGCGAAUGUUGAUCGCACAAGCCAAACGCCAUACAUGGGACAGCACUGUCUGCUGCUGCUGCAAAUAUUCGAAGAGUCCUGCUUCCGGGGAUCCAACAAGCAAUGGCUCGAGUGAAAAAGUCGCAGCUUUGGUCGAGACCGCCAUAUGCUGCUGGUCCCGCGACGACGACGUGUCGAAGCAUGGAGUAUUUGCAUCUUUACGGCUCGUACGGCGUGCGAGGAGCAUUCAGUUCGAUGCAUGCACACAUCCUCGUCAUGGUCGUCGAUGGCGACCGGGUCGUCAUCAUGCGAAGUGGGAAUGGAGCGGCUGGUAUGCCUAUGCCUGGCCUUCCAUAAUCUGGCGACAAGUCGGAUAGUCCUGCGACUCUGGACUUAUGCGCUGCGAAUAUGCGACUGCUUGCCAAUAACAUAUACUUGUGCGUGCCUUCUGUGCCCACUCUUUACAUGUACUUGUACUGCCCCACAAAUCUCCCAAACGAGCGCCUCCCGAUCCCCGACUGUUCUGGCGAUCUUGACGGCAUAUGCAACACUGCCUGGGUGCAUCAAGGCUGCCUCAACCUGGCAGAUGCAGUUCCCCGUCACUGCGCGCGUACACCGAGACUUGUGGCCGCGAACAAGCAUGCAUCCCAAAGGAAAUUCCGCGGGCAGAACUGUUGAGCGCGGAAAGCAAGGAGCAGUGGCCUGCCUGCCCAUCCUGGGUCAAGUAGUAUACCGAUUUUUUUCAUGGACGGCUCAGCGAGACUCGUCAUCACCGAUGGACUGGUCGCCAGUUCAGCCACACGUUUAUAUAUAUAGCCACCGCCUCUUCACCGCAAAGCAGAACUCGUCAAUGGCCGCUGGGACAAUCUCUUGAGCUCUCUCCCACCUGUCUUUCGAGGCAUCUGAUGCUCCUGUGCUGUCCUAGCGCGUGCCGAUCAGUCUCUGGCUCGAUUCUUGACUCGCCUGUCGUGGCCUCGCCGGUCCAGUCGCGGGACUUUGUGAUCGAGCAGAUGGUGACCAUGCAAGCGUCAGACAUGGAGGUCUCUCGGGCUCUUGGUCAGGCGCUUUGGGAGUCUCACAGAGUCGCAUGGGCGACGUCUGGAGGUGGU